AAAUCCUUCACUAUAGUGGCAAAAAGAAAAGACCGUACGAUUCCCGGUCGUCGCGAUUGUAGUGAAGCAGAUUCGCCAUGGAUACUCAGCAAAGGAGGACGGAAACUGGCCAGCGCCCACCGCCGUCUCCGCCCGGAGGAGAUUUCUCUUCCAUUAUUGCCGUUUUCGCUAUUUUUCUCGCCAUCGCCACCGUGGUUAUGUCUCCCACAUCCAUUCUGCACCAAGUUCCUGAAGGUCAUGUUGGAGCAUAUUGGAGAGGCGGUGCACUUCUAAACACAAUUAAUGAGCCUGGUUUUCAUCUGAAGUUGCCUUUCAUCACCCACUAUGAGCCUGUUCAAGUGACCCUUCAAACAGACCAGGUGAAGGAUAUACCAUGUGGUACAAAAGGAGGUGUCAUGAUCACCUUUGAUAAGAUAGAAGUUGUUAAUCGGCUGCGUAAGGAUUAUGUGUAUGAGACUUUGUUGAAUUAUGGUGUGGACUAUGAUAACACAUGGAUAUACGACAAGAUCCAUCAUGAGAUCAACCAGUUCUGCAGCUCUCAUUCGCUUCAGCAAGUCUACAUUGAUAUCUUUGAUCAAAUAGAUGAAAGAAUGAAAGAUGCUCUUCAAGCUGACUGCACACGUUACGCUCCAGGAAUAGAGAUCAUUAGUGUCCGUGUUACAAAGCCAAAAAUCCCAGAGAGUGUAAGGCGGAACUUCGAGCAAAUGGAAGAGGAACGCACAAAGGUUUUGAUUGCUAUGGAGAAGCAGAGAGUUGCUGAGAAAGAGGCUGAAACAAAGAAAAUAAUGGCCAUUAGUGAGGCUGAGAAGAAUGCCAAAGUUAGCAAGAUUCUGAUGGAACAGAAGCUGAUGGAGAAAGACAGUGCCCGGAGAGAAGAAGAAAUCGAGAAUCAGAUGUACCUAGCUCGUCAAAAGAGCCUUGCAGAUGCUGAUUACUAUCGUGUACUCAAAGAAGCUGAAGCAAACAAGAUGAAGCUUACCCCCGAAUUUCUUGAGCUCAGAUUCAUCGAGGCCAUCACCAACAACACUAAAAUAUUCUUCGGCGACAAGGUACCAAACAUGGUAUUUGAUCAAAGAUUGCUAGGGAACUUGCUCAAAAAUGCAGCCGAUGAUGGGAACUCGCAAGUGGUGGGGACAAACACGCAAAAAGCUGUCUGAAUCGAAACAAACUCAGUACCCAAAAGCCUCAAAACUCAGUUUCAUAAUCUGUACAAGUGGUGUACGUAUUUACGUCACUACAACUUCAUCCUCCACUUCCUAGUAACGUAUCAUCUUAUAUGUGAACACAAAGAAACCUACAGUGACUAGAUUUUUGCAUGUAGCUUAUUAUUAUUCAGUUCCAAUAUAACAAAAGAAGUUUUUU